AUGGCCUUUGUCCCUGCACCCGGCUACCAGCCCACCUACAACCCGACUCUGCCCUACAACAAGCCCAUCCCUGGAGGUCUCAGCGUGGGGAUGUCCAUUUAUAUCCAAGGAAUGGCUAGCGAACACAUGAAAAGGUUCUCCGUGAACUUAGUGGUGGGACAGAGCCCAGGGUCCGACAUCGCCUUUCACUUCAAUCCCCGCUUUGAUGGCUGGGACAAGGUGGUCUUCAACUCACAGCAGGGUGGCAAGUGGGGCAGCGAGGAGAAGAAAAGGAGCAUGCCCUUCCGCAAGGGCGCCCCCUUCGAGCUGGUGAUCAUGGUCCUGGCGGAGCACUACAAGGUGGUGGUAAAUGGAAAUCCAUUUUAUGAGUUCGGGCACCGGCUCCCUCCACAGAUGGUCAGCCACCUGCAAGUGGAUGGGGACCUGGAGCUUCAAUCAAUCAAUUUCAUCGGAGGCCAGCCGAGCUCAAACCAUACCCCCAUGGCUAUUCCGGCAUAUCCAGGUCCUGGACAGAGCUGCCAAUCCUCACUGAAUAAACUGCCUACCAUGGAGGGACCCCCAACCUUUAACCCGCCUGUACCAUUUACAGGAAGAAUACAAGGGGGGCUUACAGCCCGAAAAACCAUCAUAGUGAAGGGCUAUGUACCCCCCACAAGCACGAGCUUUGUCAUCAACUUUAAGGUGGGAUCCUCAGGGGACCUGGCUCUCCAUAUUAAUCCCCGCCUGACUGAGGGCACUGUGGUUCGGAACAGCUAUCUGAGCGGCUCAUGGGGAUCCGAGGAGAAGAAGAUCCCCUACAACCCCUUUGGUUUCGGCCAGUUCUUUGAUCUGUCCAUUCGCUGUGGCCUGGAUCGCUUCAAGGUUUAUGCCAAUGGCCAGCACUUCUUUGACUAUUCCCAUCGGCUUUCGGCCUUCCAGAGGGUGGACACUCUGGAGAUCCAGGGUGAUGUCACCUUGUCCUAUGUCCAGAUCUGA